AUGAUAUCUGCCGAGACCGACUUCGAGCCGGCCGCAAACGGCCCGUUUGAGGGCCCCGAAAAGCUCCUCGAGAUCUGGUUCGCGCCCUCCGCCGCGGACUGUCUGGACGCUACAUCCAGCACGGAUGGCAAGUUCGGCUUGCGCAGGGUGCCCAGGGUGGUGUGGGAGGAGAUGCUUGACAUCGUCAAGUGCAAAAUUCUGUCCGUCGUCGAGGGGACGGAGACAGAUGCAUACCUCCUCAGUGAAUCCUCCUUCUUUGUGUCCCCCCAUCGUCUCAUCCUCAAAACAUGCGGGACGACCCUCAAUCUCUUGGGUGUACCCAGGAUUCUCGAGAUUGCUCGCGACCACGCGGGCCUACCCUCCGUAUACCGUCUUUUCUACUCCCGGAAGGCCUUCAUGUUUCCGGAAAGACAAAUGGGCCCCCAUCGCGAGUGGAGGACCGAGAUCCAGUUCCUCGACAACCUCUUCCCCAAUGGAUCUGCCUACACCAUCGGCAAGGUCAACGGCGACCAUUGGCUACUCUACCUCACGUCGCCAUCUGAGGGCGGUUCUUCCACCGGCGGCACAGCACCGAGCUCUCCCCAUCUAUCGCCUGUCGAUGUCGAUCAUCCCGAGCCUGGAUCAUCGAACCUCAACGGGAACACUUCUGCGGAGGACAACGCAGACGGAGAUGACUUCUUCGAGUCCGAUUAUACCAUCGAGAUCAUGAUGACCAACCUCUCUGCGGAGGCCCGUGCGCCGUUCUUCAACCCAGCACCACCAGAGGAGGCGGAUGCAACGGCGGGCGCGGACGGCAUGGCGCUGUCGUCCAAGCUUGGGAUCACGGAGAUCUUCCCUCCACACCUCACCACCCUCGAUGCCUACUCCUUCUCUCCAUGCGGAUACUCCAGCAACGCACUGAUCAAAUGGCGUCCAGACGCUGGGCAGGACCCUGCGCACCCGGGCGAGGGCUACUACACCAUUCAUGUGACCCCGGAAGAGGGCUGGUCCUACGCGUCGUUCGAAUGCAACGUGCCGCUCCCGCACUCGCCCACGGACAAGUCGACGAGCGUGCCGGACCUCAAGACGCUCAUCCGUCGCGUCGUGGACAUCUUCCGCCCUGGCCGGCUCACGCUCACACUGUUCAUCUCGUGCAAGGACAAUGACCUGACGGAGGAAGAGGAGGGCGAGAGCGCGGUCGAGUCCGCGCAGCGUGCGUUCAAGUCUGCGCUCACUCUGCCCGCGGGGCGCGCGGAGCGCGCAGAAGGUGCGGAGGCGGAGUGCGCGCGAGACAGCGCGUUCGCGGGGCUGUACAAGCGGACGGACAAGAUCAACUACGAGUUCGGCGGAUACGACCUGGCCUUCGCGAGCUUCGAGCUCCGCUCCUCAUAGCGAGCCUCUUCAGGCACGACGUCGAUCCGGCGGUGAUUGGGGGCGGGCGGCAGACUACUCUGCACGAGCACAAACUAGGCGGGCGGUAUUGUAGACGGGUUCCUAGUCCAUUUCCGAGGAUGCGCAGGAAACAGCCUUUACGCGCGGCAAUACAGAUGUGUAUGUACCAUCCGGGCGAAACUCGGCGUUGAUAGCUCCUGCUCCAGGUCCUCUGAUGCCUUUUCUGUUGGCCGCACCACGCAUUGCGAUCAAGGUCGGGAAUUCGCCUAGGAAUCCCGUAUUCACCGCUUAAGGCAAUACAGUGCGUCCAUUGUAUCACCU